AUGGAGGCUGCGGGAAUAGAAAGUGCCCAGCUCCAGGUGCCGACAGAUCUACAGUUGGCGGUGGUGCUGGAGGUUCCAACUACAUGCCAACGCCUUGAGAGGGUAGAGCAGGAGGUGGUCCAUGGGGGGUUGUCCAUGGUAGUGCGGUGGCGCAGGAGAUUAAAAAAUAUAGUUGUGUCAAAUAAGCUCCAACUGCUUGUGGUAUGUGAAACUCAUGUUCACGUGUCUCGUGCCGAGGAGUAUCGCAUUAGAUUAGGAUUCGAUUGUGUUCGAACUCAUUCGUCGGGGUUGUCAUGGGUGUUCUAUAAUUUUCCUAUUGUUUGUUCUGUGGCGACUGAGGGGGAUCAAUUUUUAUCACUGGAAAUUUGUCACCCUCAUUUGCUAGCUCCAAUUACUUUUGCUGCUGUACAUGCUGCCUCUAUGGUGGAGGAACGGAAGGUUCUUUGGGAUGGGUUGUUGCAUUGUCAACCACAUCAAAGGCCUUGGAUUGUCGUUAGAGAUUUCAAUGUGGUCCUUCAACCUUGGGAAAAGAGAGGGGGGAGGCCUUUUAGGGUGGCUGAAGCUAGUGACUUUGUUGAAUUUAUGGGUUCUGCGAGUUUGUUUGAUGGGGGUUUCUCAGGAUCGAACUUUACUUGGUGUAAUAAUCGCCACGGUAGAGCGAUAAUUUGGAAGCAGUUGGAUCGUCUCUUGCUCAAUGCGGCUGACCAUGAGGAAUUCUUGGGGGUGGUGAAGCAAUCUUGGGAGCAGAAGUGUAUGGGACCGCCAUUGCACGUCCUUUGUUCGAAGCUGCAACGCUUAAGAACGAGUAUUCAAGCGUGGAAUAAAGAAAGAGUAGGGAAUUUCUUUGACAAUGUUAGAAAGGUGGAGGCAGAAGUAGCUAGUUUGGAACAAUGUAUGGCAGGAGGGGGAUCUGAUAAUGAUCAACUGCGGUUGCAUCAGGCCCAGGCUCGGCUUAGACGUGCGUUAGCCAUGGAGGAAGCCCUGUGA